GCACCCGGCACGCGACGGUCCGUUACGGCACCGCCCAGCCCCCGUGCGCGGGAAAGCGGCGCGGCCGCCGCGGGCCACGUGACCCACCGCGCUAUGGCCGCCGCGGCGUGGGGAUCCCGCGUCGUGGCGGGGGGGGACGAGGACGGCGACAGCGAUGAGGACGGCUGGGAUAUCGGCGUCGUGGGGGUUGAGCCGCAGCAGUUGGAUCAAAUGUUGCAGGCAGAUAAGAAUGAAGCAUUAAAGAAGGCUCUGUUUCGUGGUGAUGUGUCAUUAAUUGAAGAACUCUUAAACUCUGGUAUAAACAUAGAAUCUAGCUUUCAGUUUGGAUGGACUCCCCUGAUGUGUGCUGCAAGUGUGGCUGACUUUGCAGUAGUGCGUCUUCUUCUGGACAGAGGUGCUAAUGCAUGUUUUGAAAUAGAUAAGUACACUGUGCUGAUGGCAGCGUGCACUGCGCAAGCUUCAGAGGAAAACAUCUUGAAGACUGUAGAACUGCUUCUAUCAAGAAAUGCUGACCCUAACCUCACUUGCAGGAGGCAAAUGACUGCAUUGAUGUAUGCAGCUAGAAAAGGCUAUCCUCAGGUUGUUGCUCUUCUUGUCGCUCAUGGAUCACACAUAAAUGCCCAAGAUGAAAAUGGAUAUUCAGCAUUAAUAUGGGCAGCACAGCAUGGACAUAAAAGUGUCAUUUUUAAGUUGCUUGAGCUGGGAGCUGACAAAAAUCUACAGACUAAGGAUGAGAAAACAGCAGCAGAGCUUGCAAAAAUCAAUAAACAUUCAGAGAUUUAUAGUUUACUCUCUUUGGCUGCAAAUCACUUGCAAGGGAGAUACCAUGAAACAAUUAAGCAAGAGGCUAUCUACAAAUUUCUGACAGCUGUCCCUGACAACAGAGUUGGUUCCUGUUUUGAUGACAUUGAAGUGUUUUUACAUGGUCUUGGUCUAGAACAUGUAAUAGGAUUAUUGAAGGAAAGAGAUAUAACUUUAAGACAACUUCUGAUCAUGCAAAAAGAUGAAUUAAUACAGGGGACACUGGGGGAAGGGGAGAGAAUUGUGGACCUUAGUGAAUGGCUGAGCCUUAUGGUUCCCUUCUCCAAAGAGAUUGGCAUUACAAAUCCUGGAGAUCAACAGAAACUCCUAGGUGCUACUAAGGAGUUGCAGGUGGAAGAAAUAAGAAUUGGAGAACUCUCUGAAGUGACAAAGCUGGAAUUGAGUGGAGAUGAAUUCCUCAAGUUUCUUCAGAAGUUGAAUAAAGAGUGUAGUAAGUUGACCAUUCCUGUGCAGACUGUGAACAAGCAUUUCCUCAAAAAUUCUCACAAGGUAGUAAUGCAGUGGGCACCAGCUGAAAGUUUCAUUGAAGUGUGCAAAGACUUGGUUUGCAGUGUUGAAAAGCUGGGAGAAGAAGUGGCCAAACUGAAGGACCUGGUGGAGAAGCAUGAACAGAAGAAUGACCCCAGCCGAGUGAAACUUCCAGAAAAAGCACCCACCUUGGAAAAAAGAUUAGUAAAAAUGGGAGCAGUAACAUUGCUUGGAUUUGGUUUUUUCUUCUUUAUAACUAAGUUAGCGGUAACAAAAACCUGACUUAUGAAUACUUUUGGAAAACCUGGUUGCGUUAUGCUUCUGUUCAGUAUAUGCAUCUGAGCUGAAGUAAUGUGAAAAUUUGUGUAGCUUCUCAUCAUAUCUGUAGUAUUUGCAUCCAGUAAGUACUUUGAUCUAGAAAUAAAGUUGUUAAAAAUUAAAA